UACGACCUCUCCUCCCUCCCCUUCCCCCGCUCUCCCCCGCCGCGCGCGUCUCUCCGACGAGGCCACCUGCUGUCCUACCUCACUCGGCGCUUACCGUGCCCCGCCACCUCCUCCUCCUCCGCCGGGGACGUCCAGGUGGUGCCGAGGACGCGGACGCGCACCGCACGGCACGGCGGCGCGGUCCAUCUAGCUGCGGCAUGGGCGCCUCCUGCUCCACCCCCUUCCUCACUCCCGCCUCUGCCGCCAUGGCGCAGCAUCACCACCCGCCGCAGCCCGCUCCCCAUCCCGCGGCCGGGCCCGCCAUGCCCUACGCCGACGCCGACCGCACCCUCCGCGCGCUGGCCGGCGCCGCCGAGGGGUUCGGCCGCCGCGCCAUCGGGGGGCUCCACGGCCCGAUCUACCGCGUCACCUCCCUGGAGGACGACGGCCACGGCACCCUCCGCCAGGCGUGCCGCGCGCACGGCCCGCUCUGGAUCGUCUUCGACGUCUCCGGCACCAUCCACCUCCGCUCCUACCUCCGGGUCUCCUCCCACAAGACCAUCGACGGGCGCGGGCAGCGGGUGCGCCUCGCCGGGAAGGGGCUCCAGCUCAAGGAGUGCCACCACGUGAUCGUCUGCAACCUCGAGAUCGAGGGCGGGCGCGGCCACGACGUGGACGCCGUCCAGAUCAAGCCGGCCUCCACCGACAUCUGGAUCGACCGCUGCAGCCUCGCCGACUGCGACGACGGCCUCAUCGACAUCACCCGGGGCAGCACCGACAUCACCGUCUCCAGGUGCCGGUUCUCCCGCCACGACAAGACGAUGCUGGUCGGCGCCGACCCGACCCACACCGGCGACCGCUGCAUCCGGGUCACCAUCCACCACUGCUUCUUCGACGGCACGCGGCAGCGCCACCCGCGGCUCCGCUUCGGCAAGGCGCACCUGUACAACAACUACACCAGGGGGUGGGGCAUCUACGCCGCCGGCGCCGGCGUGGAGGCGCAGAUCGCGUCGCAGUGCAACAUCUACGAGGCCGGGGAGAAGAAGGCGGUGUUCAGGUACGUGCCGGAGAAGGCGGCCGACCGGGACGAGGCGGAGGCCGGGUGGAUCAGGUCGGAGGGCGACGCGUUCCUCAACGGCGCGCGGCCGUGCCUCGUGGACGGCGGGCCGGCGGUGUUCAGGCCGGAGGAGUACUACGACAGGUGGACCAUGGAGGCCGCGUCGCCGGCGCUCAAGGAGGUGGUGCAGCUGUGCGCCGGAUGGCAGCCUGUGCCGAGGCCACCGGGCGAGUGAUCCACGUUUAUUUGUAUAGGAAGAACAUUCUAUGUAUAUCCAUUUUAUGUCAAAAACUAAUAAUAAUCGUGCACCAUUUUAUGCCAUAUGUAUUUGUGCAUGGAGUAAUAAUGAUGCACGUGUAAUCCUCGGAAAAAUACUGUGAAGUAAUGAUUUUAGCAGAUAACCAGAUGUUUCAUAUUAUACACAGCAUCAUUAUUUGUGGGAGCUGGAGCUCUAUCGCUCCGUUUUCUAAUUUUUUUA